AUGGUUGAUUUUUGUACGUGGUCAUGCAACGGUUGUUACAUGUAUGGGGGCUACAACGACGGCGCAGCGAAACACUCUGACACGGACGUACCAGGCUGGGCAACUGUAGACGAACUUAAUGGAGGCAUCGAAUAUGCUGCUCCGACUGCGCAUUCAACCCAGCUGUAUUGCGUUAGGAUCAAAGCCCCGUGGACGCCAGAGCCGAAAGAACAUCCCCUGGCGCACGUGGACUCCGAGCCGGAUUCUGAUGAUUUGUUGUUUUGCACGGGCAAAAAUGGCAAAAAGAAGAUGUGCCUCCCAUGCAGAAAUCGCGAAAAUCAGGGCACCAUACUAUCCGGCGAGCCAGUAGCCCCGCUCGAGUGUGAUUAUCAGCACUGUUGUGGCACUCCGCGGUACGCGCAAGUGCUAGGCCACAGAGCUACCACGCAAGCACAGAAAAACAAGGAGCAAAUCAGGAAGACACAACACACACGCGAAAAAAUAGCAGCAAAGAAACUGCUUGGAAUCAAGACACCGUCGCCCGGCUGCUUUAAAGGCAGCCACACCUACAAAAGUUCCAUCACAACACACAACCAUGAAAACGUACUUUGGGACAUGUUUGAGACAAAGGUAACGUCCGGAUGUGAACUCCACUUUUUUCCUGAGCAUACUCUUCGGCACCUUCACUUUCAUCCACACCGUACUCGAAGCCGUGUCAAAAUUGUUUUGUGCGAAUCUUCACAUUAUCCCAGUUGCGCACAAUCUCAUCAGAAGCAGCACGAAGUGCACCAGGCUCCAGACCAUAGGGAGCACCAACAAAGUCAAGGGAGCCACCGUAAGAACCGAAUGGAGUCGGCCGCACCUCGAAAUUACUUUGAGGAAUGUAACGCAACGCGGUGGUCAUUAUGUUCACCGCAUGCGCCGCGUUACCGUCGCUCAUCCGGCCCGACAUCAUCGCAAGCAGCGGCCGCGCGAGAAGCGCCUUGUGGCAUGGCGUCACGCCCGGCACGGGGCGCCCUUCCGCAGCCCGCGGGGCCCCGAACGCCCCGGGCGGGCCGAGCUAGCACAGCGGGUGGGUCACGAAGCCCACCGGAGGUCCUCGGGCAGCGAUUCCACGCUAAACGCCCACCAUCGUCUAAGCCGCCCUAG